GAAGGAAAAGAGAGGACUGGUGGCGAUAUGGCGCUGACAGUGACUGCCCAUUAUCUCAGGAAUAAACCAAGUCACCCGGGGCUGAACGUUAGUCUCCUAUUCAUGCUGACUUUCGUGUCAGGGGUGGUAUAUGGCAGUCAAGUGGUUGUCCCCCCUAAGAUAAAUGCAGUGCUGGGCAAGAACGUCACCCUCAGCUGUACGGUGCAGGUGGACACAAACCUCAGCCUGACCCAGAGCUCCUGGGAGAGGAAGCUGCCCACUGGCUGGGUGACGCUGGCUGUGUAUAACCCCAUGUUUGGCAUCUCCAUCCCUCCCGAAUACGUGCGACGCCUGUCCUUCCGCUCGCCCUCUGCACACGAUGCCACCAUCGUGCUGGAAGAUGUGGGUUUCGCUGACAUAGGCAUGUACACCUGCAAGGUGGCCACCUUUCCGCUUGGUAACACGCAAGCCUCCACCACCAUCAGUGUGCUAGUGGAACCGAAGGUGUACGUCUCGGCUGGAUCUGCCGCUUUGAUCGACGGUGGAAAUGAAACCACAGUGGCCACCUGCAUUGCAGAGAGGGCACGGCCUCCUGCCGACGUCUCCUGGGAGACAAAUCUGUAUGGUACAUCCGAGGCCCACAUGCAGGACGAUGCCAACGGCACAACUAUGACUCAGGUGCACUACACCUGGAAGCCCAACCGUCACGCCCAGGGUCACACGUUAACAUGCGUGGUUAAACACCCCGCCCUGCAGAGUGACUUCAGGAUCCCCUACAUCAUCAAUGUGCAAUUUGCUCCAGACAUCCUGGUGCUGGGCUAUGACGGCGACUGGUAUGUGGGCAGGAAGAAUGUACAACUGAAGUGUCGAGCCAAAGCCAACCCGCCUGCCCAACACUUCAGAUGGAUCAGGUUGGAUGGAGAGAUGCCAGAUGGAGCAGAGGUGCUGAAUAACUCUUUGGUGUUUAUGAGGCCCCUGCAGAAGAAUGACUCUGGGGUUUAUAGGUGUGAGGUGGCAAACGACAUUGGACAACGCAGUCGGGACAUUAGUAUACGUGUUCAGGAUCCUCCCUCCACCACCACCAUGCCCCCCACCACCCCUGUACGUGUCCUAACCACCGACAUCUCUGCCACUGUGCCUGGCAAUAAGCAGCGAGCACUCAUCACCUCUCCAACCCUGGCACCUUUGCCUGAGGGGAGCCUGGGCACCAUUGUUGGCGGGGCAGUGGGCGGAGCCCUCUUCCUCCUGUUGCUGCUUGUUCUGGGUGGGUUUUAUUAUCAGCGUCAGCGUCGGACGUUCCGUGGUGAUUAUUAUACGAAGCAGUACCACGGUCCGUCUGACAUGCAGAAGGCUCCUCAACCCCAUGAGCUUCAGCAAGUCUACAGCAAAGGUAGCCCUGACACCAAGCUCAAAUCCAACCAGGAUAAUGGCAUAAUUUACCCGGACAAGGACAGAGAAGAGUGGGGUGACUUCGACCGAGAGCGAUCUCCCAACGGUCGCAGCAGAGUUCUAAGAGAAGCAGGUGCUCACCUCAGCCACCAAAAUCAUCACAACCAUGAGCAUUUAUACCACAGCAACAAUCACCCCAGUCAUCCUCAGGGUUUCAGUCCAGCCCAUCAUAACCCGAGGAGCUCAAUGCAGCCGGAGCCCCGUAGGUAUGCAGCUCCACAAGUCAUGAGCAAUGGCUCCCCCUACCUGCCAGAGGACUGCUACGACAACGAAUAUGUGUCGCACACAGAUGGUUCCAUGAUUUCCCGCAGGGAGUGGUAUGUCUAACAAGAAAAAAAGCAGGAAAAGACUGCGAAGACAUUAAGAAAUGCUUCAGACUGCAAAAUAAGGAUGAAAAAAUGUUAAGAAAAUUUGUAGGAAAUGUACUCUUGCACCUUUUUCGAGUAAUUUACACCAACCGUAAUUUGUGUGUUUGGGUUUAGUUGUACAUUUAGCCUAAUUAUUUGUAUAACUGUUCAAAGUUAACUGGGUUAAAGGAUGUUUUGGGACCAAGAGACAAUAUCAUUUCUUCAUUUGCUAGAAAGAAGAUGGUCAAUCAACAAGGCAUCUGCUUUAAUACUGUACCAGUGCGAUUUUCAGUUGGGUUGUCUUGUCAAAUCAAUAGCCAAUCUCUUCCUUUUGCUUUGCAUAGUAAAGGUGUACUGUAUGUUUAAAAAGUAGCAAUUAAAAAAAGAAAAUGGUUAUUUGAACAAAUUAAAGGUAUUCAUAUAACCUGGUGAUAAGUAUUUCAGAUCAGAACUGAGUUUUUGUGAGUCAUGCAAACUUUCAGUAAUGCUGUCAUUGGAGGCAGAAAUUAGCUCCUGUCAACAGCCUGGCUGUUUCCAUGGCAACAAUUAAUUAUUCUGGCAUUCAGAGUUGGAGUGCUGUAGGGCGGAGCUAGACAGGGAGGACAGUGCUGGAUUUGAUAAAGCCCAAUGGGAGUGAGAAAGACAGGCAGGAUCAUUGCUGGAAAGAGACUGCUAUAAUUGCAUCAAUUCAGCUUCCAUUUGCAUACAAUUAUGUCACUGUAUUAGGUUUUGGUUGCUUUUGUUCCAUCAGAAUUGACCUGUGUGUGCAAGUCUGGAUCUCGUUGAAAAAUUAUUUUGAUACUUUCACAUCCCAAAAUACUGCCUUUGUUUUCCAGAUUACAGUAUGUAUAGCAUUCUUGGAACAGUUGUCCUGUAUUAAUGUAACUGUCUGGCUUGGCUUUGUCACACCACCACUGCCCAAUUUUAAAGUGUUAGUUUACCUAAAAAUGACCAUGUGGUUUCAAACCCAUAUGAAGUUUUUUUCCAUAGGUGUGCAAAAGUAAUUGUUUGGUAGGAGGUUAUGUACCAACAGCCUCAGUCAUUCAUUGCAUAAUUUCCAUUCAAUGGAAGUGAAAGGUUACUGAAGUUAUUAUUCUCUAACAUAAUGCCUAACAUGACCUUUUGCAUUCCAGGGAAGGAAAAAAAAAUCAUAUGGGUUUAGAACAUUAGGGUGUGUAAAUGAUGACAAUUUUUAUUUUUGGAUGCACCAUCCCUUUUAGACCCUCCAACUGCAUUUAGCAGCUGUUGAUCGGUCUAUUCGCCUGGCAUGCAUUAUGUCAAGCAUCAAGUUCUGUGCCUGUGGCCUGUAUUUCUGUGUGUAUAUGUGAGUUUCUGUGUCUAUGCAGAUCGCAUAUAAAUGCAAUUAGCUGGUGUUUGUCAAUGGUGUUUUGAUGAAUUGGCAUAUUGCCUGUUCAAAAGCAAUGCCAUCUGACCUGGCCUCAGAUUUCACACACUUUGACAAUUUAAUGCAGAGGACGUUAGGCUAACACAGCUUGUUAUCAGUCAUUAAAGGGUUACUUCACCCCAAAAUGACAAUUUUGUCUGCAUUUCAUCACCCUCUUGUUGUUCCAAACCCAUACAGAUUUGACCACUUUUUUCACCUUUUAUUUUAUGGGAAUUUGUUUGUCAGUCUCUAAACUUCUGCCUAUUUUUGUGUUCCAUGAAAGAAAGAACAUAAUACAGGUUUAGAACAACAUCCGUAUGGUUAAAAAAUGGCAAAAUCUUCAUUUUGGGUGAACUAUCCCUUUUAAGUUCUUGACUUCUUAAGUUGAGUGUUGGCUGGAUAUGGUUGGAUUAAGAAAAAUGUAUCUGGAUAAUGAUGAUGAUGAUAUUGUAGUGCCUUAAACUGAUUAUGUGCCCAGUAAUCUUUACAAUGAGCAUUCAUAAGUUAUGAAUAAGUAUCAUUUUCAGAAGAAUGCAAGUAGUUCUGAGGCACAAAAUAGUCUGGAUGUAGGAACUGAGAACUUGUUGUCUCUAUCUCUCUCUCCAUCCUUUUUGCCUUCAUUAGUUUAGAAAGUCUUAUGUCGUCGUUUGUAUGAUUUGCCUUUUUUUUUUUUUUUUUUUUCCUGGUCUCAGACAAUGACAUUGUUUUGCUCACAUAAUGACAUGUGACACUUCAGUCACCAUGCACAUAAAAUAGUUAUAAUAAAGUUAUGAGUAAAGUUAUUAAAAAAUAUCUAAGUGUACAUGUUUGGACAAUGUAGAAGUCAAUAUAACAAGGUUACUAUGUGUGUAUAUAUACUGUAUGUUAGCAGUUGGGAGAGCCUUGUUUUUGUUUGUAUUUUUGCAAAUUUGUUUACAUUUAUUAUUCCUAUCAUAAGCCUGAGAUUUGUCUGUGGAAUGCACUAUUGGAGAACGGAUUGUGAAGAGAGACUAGGUUUCUUUGCUUCACUUUUUUAAUUUUUUUUGCUUCUCCAAAUAAUCUUUCACUUUUUUUUUUUUUUUGUACAAAAGAACUACUGGAGAGGGAAAAAAAAACAAUAAUAGCAAAGAAAUGUAUUUGCAAUGUAUAGAUGAGCAUUAUUUUGUAAAAUCAACCUUUGGGAUACAUGUGUUUUGAAAU